AUGUGGUGCUUAUUAUUCAUUGUUAUUAGUACUCUGGUUAAUGCUCAGGUAAGCUUACACCAGUUUUAAUUAUUUUUAUGUUGUUCUUAUUGUAAGAAACGUUUAAAAAUGUCAUAAAAACCAUCCUUUUCGUCAAAAAAAUGAUUAAUUACCUAAAAUGUCAAAAAAAACCACUUAUUAUUAAGAUUAUUAGUUUGUUCAUAUAAUUCGGUGCCCCCUAUCAAAGCUAAUUUUUGAGGUUAGGAAGCACAGAAUUAUGUGAACAAAGCAAUAUUAAAAAUAUUAUUGUUUUGUUUACUAUAACAUUGCUUUUUAAGACCUCACUCACCACUCCACAGUAUAACAUCAAGUUGGGGUUUCUAUUUUCAAGUGGCAAGAAAACAGAUUCGUUGGUCGGGUUUGCUGGUUCAGCUGGUGCAGUUAGUCUAGCAGUGGAGACGGCAAAAAAAAAUAAUUGGCUUAGAAAUAUUAAUGUUACGUAAGUUACCCUACCCUACAGUACCCUACCCUACCCUACCCUACCCUACCCUACCCUACCCUACCCUACUCUACUAUACCCUUUCAGAUUCGAAUGGCACUUUUCGAAUGGAUUUGCUUGGAACGCCUCAGGCUUUGCCUCUGAUUUGAUAUACCGAUCUAGGGUACAUGCCCUAUUUGGUCCAGUAUCAAAUAGUGAACAAGUACCAGUGAAUGCACUAGCCUCAUACUACAAUGUACCUCAGUUUAUUUGGGGCAAGCCAUGCCCUUACGCCUUCAAGGCCGACCUUGCCAAGUACAACUCGACUGUAGCCAUGAGUGGUACUGCUCUUGGGUAAGUUGUGCUGGUCAGUACAGACUUUUCACCUCUAGUCAAUUUAAGAUAGGAGAUCGCCAGUUACCCUAAUAUAUGAAUUCUUGACAUGGGGCCUUAGGGUAUAUUAUUUUCUUGCUAAAACUCUUUUUCAGAAACAUACUAUCAGUGAUGCACGUGUGCGAUGAGUUCCAAUGGACACAGAUAUCGUUUAUUUCGAUUUCAUCUGACGAAACAGAUCAGAAUCUACCUUACUGUGACUCUAUUUCUGACGCUAUUGAUGUAAGUCAUAUGGUCUUGCAAGACUAACGAUAGAUAAUAUUGUGUUAGGUCAUCGUUUGUCUAGUAUAUAUACAUAACAACUUUUCAUGGGUACUAUACUUGAAAGAAGGCCCACUAUAUCUGGCUUGGCAGGGCCAAAACAGAUUUAAAAAGGGCCGGGCCAAAAAUUGAGCCCGUUCCCUUUACAAGUCUUAUGAGCACGAUAACAUACAGAUGCAUUACCGCAGGGUUUUUGUAACGCAAAGACCGUAACAUCAAAAACUUAGUCAUAAUGUUAACAAGUUUAUAUUUAGGACACUAUAAACACGUACAGCGCCAACAUCACCUUGGUUUAUCGACGAGAUUUAGCCACAAAAACAACUGAAAACUACCGAAAAGUUCUACGAGAUAUGAGUGAGGUAUCGAGAAGUAAGUUUAGUCAUAACAAAAGCUAGUGAAAGGUCUAGGGUAGAUUAGGUACCGACCUAAAGAACCUGCCACACCUUGCCUGUAAUUUCCUGUAAAAAAUGGCGGGUUCUUUAUGUUGGCGCCUAAUAGAAUAUACUACUAGGCUUGUGAAAGACACUAUUACACUUCUGAAAGAUACGAUUAGGCUUGUAAAAUAUAAGAUUAGGUUUGUGAAAGAUACAAUUACCAUAUGCCAUUAAAAAAUAUUUUUAGUUAUUUUACUAUGCGCUGACAAUGAUAUUCAAAAACGAGCCUUUAUGUUGGCGGCCAGCGACGAGGACAUGCUGGGUCAAGAUUACGUUUACAUCUUAAUGCAGAGUGAUGGAGGAGCUUACAGUAGGUUUUUUAUGCUAACCUUUCUUGUUCCCAUAUUUAAGCCAUCAUAACAGUUACCAAAGUAACAGAAUCUAUAGGACUGACAACGUUUUCAAUUUUUAAAACGUUACUUUCAGAAACCCCAAUGUUAUGGGUAGGUACGGAUGGCAGGGACGAUGAAGCGAAAAAGGCCUUUAUGUCUACAUUAAUUGUAAGUGGAUGAUAAUGUUUAUAAAGUUGAAAAAAGUACAGUCAACUCAGGGACGUCGCUACGGAUUUUCUCUGGGGGAGGGGGAGGUCGAAAAAAAAUUUUUCGUCCACAGAGGGACCUGUGAACCAAUUUUUCAAAAAAUUUUUUUUUCGUUUUUUCGCGUACAGGUACCUACCUGUGCAAUUUUUUUCGGAUCGGCUCUGGGGGAGGGGGAUCCCCCCCCCCCUCUCCCUCCCCCCAAACGACGUCCCUGAGUCAACUCUAUUAUACAACGAUUCUUACAAGGAAGGUGCCCGAACUGCCCCCCCCCCAAAUUUCCCGCCAAAUUGGCAUUGUGUUUCAAGUCUACAACUUUGUCACUCUUUUACUUUUAAUCACUUUUCUUUGAUAUAAUAGUAGGAAACCUUUAUAUACACUUACAUUUUAAAAUUUUUAAGCUUGUUUUUUCUGGAAAGUCGGAAAAGGUGCUUGAAACACAAUGCCAAAUUUGCUAAAUUGGCGGGAAAUUCCAAUAUUUUACUUUUUAAAGGUAUAAGGUUAUAUGAUUUUAGAUAGACAAACCGACAGCAGUCUUAUCAUCAGAGUACAAUGAGCGAGUGAUGGAGCUGGUAAAAGAAUACCCAUGGUACUGCAGCGGUUGUAGCACAGAUACAGGGAAUGUAAGUGAAUACGUUAAAAUCUACUGAAGUUCCAAAAAACUAUUGUCUAGUAUCUACAGUAGUAUCUCUAUACAGCAACACAAUAAUACCUCUAUAUAGUGGUACGGCAGUAUAUCUAUAUAUAAGCAACACCAUAUACAGUAAAAAUAAGAUGUCAUACAUAGGGGGUUGCUUAUAUAUUAGGUUGUUCAAAUAAUUCCGUGCCUCCAAAUUCCAAAAAAUCGCUUUGAGAGGGAGCGCAGAAUUAUUUGAACAUCCUAAUAGAGUAUAGUAAACAUACAACAGUACCUAAUUAUAUUUCUCUUCUAGGCUUCAUCACUAAGUUACUAUCUCGGAGAUGCCGUGCUAACUUAUUUGUACGCCUUGAAUCGUACGAUAGAAAUGUACAAAACUCAAGCAGAUGUAGAUGCCAUGGUUCGAAACUCGACUAUUCUGUUAGCUAAUAUGGCCGAGACUAUGGCUAGUAAGUUGUGAUAAUGUAUAAUAAUAUUGUUAAAAAGAAGUGAAUGCGUAUUUUACAUUUUAUUUGGUAGUUUAAAUAAUUCUGUGCCUCUAACCUCGAAAAUGUGCUUUGGGCACAAGAUAAUUUGAACUACCUAUAUAAUAUUCCUCUAAAUUUUAAAUUUCUGAAACAGUAAGUACCCCUUUAUAGACCUAGAAGGAGACACAACAAUAAUGUCAUCUGGAAGACGCUCAGUCGACUACGCUUUAUAUGGACUGGAUCCAGACGGAUCUCAAAACACUUGGGCUUUUGUAGCUAGUGUCAGUCAACAAUCAAAUAAGUUUGUAAGUGCAUGCCUUAUCGUACCCUACUCUACUCUGCCCUAUCCUGCCUUUUUCUGCUUUGCUCUGCUUUGCACGUCCUGCCUUACCCUACAAUACACUGCCCUGAUUUGCUCAGCCCUCCUUCGCGCUGCUAUGUUUUGCCCUACCCUCUUCUAUCUUGUCCUGCUUCUUCCUCCCUUGUUUUACCCUAACCUACCCUAAUCCAGCUUAUUCUACCCUACCCUACUCCAACUUAUUGUACCCUUACCUUAAUCUUUCUAUCGUAUCCUACCUACCUUACUUUAUCUUACUCUACCGUAUCUUACGCUAUAGCACAGGAAAGCAUGGGUUUUAACUUCCAACUACAAUAUCAACAUAACAGCAAGGGCGGACAAAAAAAUUUUUUUUUGUCUGGGGGUCGAUAACUAACAACUACCCGCCCAAAUACCAAAAAUGAUACACAUUUACCCUACCUUUAGCCAUUUCAGAACCUGGACCUAUUCACUCCAAAUUACACCAAUGCCAAGACUACCAUCUGGGCCAAUCGCAAAGGCUAUGUACCAUUGAACGAGCCGAUAUGUGGUUACCUCGAAAACAGAUGUCCCACCUCUCCAGUGACAAUCGUUCUGAUAACAGUGGCUUGUGUGUUCUUGAUGAUAUCAUUCUUGCUUCUGUUCAUUGGCUGUUGUAUGUACUUCCAGCGAAAUCAAAGAAGACGGCUCAAUGCCUUGUGGCAGGUUGAUUAUCACAUGUUGGUGAAGCCGGAUCAUAAGGUGAGUUAUUGGUUUAUGUGACUAAAAUCAUGUUUUUUGAAGAUUUAGGUAACAAAAAACGUAAAUUAGGUAAGAAAAUUGAGGUUUAGGUAAGAAGAACGAUAAUUUACUAUGUUUAGGUAGCAAAAACUAUAAUUUCUUAGGUUUAGGUAAUAAAGAAGAUAAUUUACACAGUUUAGGUAACAAAACCGAUAAUUCUCAAAGUUUAAGUAAGAAAAACGAUAACUUACAAAGUUUAGGUAAAACGUUCGAUAAUUUACUGAGUUUAUGUAACGAAAAAAGUAAUUUACAAAGUUUAGGUAACAAAAACAAUAAUUUACAUUGUUUAGGUAACAAGUUAUGAAUUUCCUAUAAAAUAAAAGAAUUUUCAGUCAGAAGGAAUGAAAAGCCAGCGAUCCCUAAGCACCAACAGCUUAUCAUUGAUAACAGUUGAAGGCAACCAAUUCGAGAAUGUCAAACUCUUCUACUAUCAAUACGAGCUGGUUGUGGCACGCAAAUUCGAUCGAUUUCAAUUCAAUCCAGCCAUUGAGGCUGAGCUACGAGAAAUGAGACAGCUGGAUCAUCCUCAACUGAAUCGUUUUCUUGGUAUAGCCAUGUAUGGGCAAGUGGGAUACAAGAUAUACAGGUACUGUGAGAGAGGUACGAUUGAAAGUGUGCUGGAUGAGUAUCAGGAGAAGAUUGACGAGAGGAUUGCUAAUAGCAUGAUCAAGAAUAUUGUGGAGGUAAGGGGCGUUUUAUUGACGAAAAAUGAGGUUUAAAAGGCGAUAUUAUAGUAGAUACUUAAUAUUGUAGUAGGCAUAAAAGGGUAAAACCUUGAGUUUUAGAGGAGUAUGGGCAAGGUAAAGCCUAUAAAUUGAAGACACGUUAUCUUAUUGUAAUAUUAAAAAUAUUUUUAACCUUCAAAACUUACAAAUUUAAUCUUUAGGGCCUGUUUUACAUCCACAACUCUCAUUUCGGAGCGAUGGGAUGCUUGAACUCGGAUGCUUGUGUGGUUGACGAUCGAUUCCAAGUCAAGUUACAGUACUAUGGUCUGCACAUUAUAAAGGAGCAUCAAACUGUGGCAUUGGACAACAAAAGUGAGCUUUUUCUUUAUUAUAAUAUGUUUCAUUUUAAAAUUAAAAAAAAUUAAAAGUAUUGGGAAAAAGUAGGGAUGCGUCGUUAAAGUACUGUAACUUCAAGUCUUUUUUAAAAUUAAAAAUUUUGUUUUUUGGGAAAGUUGAAGAAAUAAAUAAGCUAUGAUAUCAUUUAAUUUGAUGUUGUUACCUAUUUUUACAAUAAAGUUAGGAUAAAAGAAGGUAGCACUAUAUAACUGUAUAAGCCUGCAUAAAUAUUUUUUUUAAAAGCUUUGCCAGAUUUCAAAAAUUUCUUUUCAGAAGCCCUGUACCUAGCUCCAGAGCUUCUUCGCCAAACCCCAAUCACCUUAGCAGGCACACUACCAGGAGAUAUCUAUUCUUUAUCAAUCAUCCUCACACAAAUCGUAACUCGUCGAUCAGUCUGGAGUAUAUCUGAAGAAAACCUCGCCAUCGACAUGAUAACUCGCCGUAUUAUAAAAAGGACCGAACCAUUGGAACGUCCAUCUCUACAUUAUGAUUCUACAGUAUACGUGGACCCCACCCUACUUACCAUAAUCCAGAAUUCGAUGGCCGAAGAGCCGGAACAACGUCCCGACAUCAAGUACAUUCGAGGAGUGAUGAAGACGCUGGAGAACGGGCGAAAGUCCAAUUUGAUGGACUAUAUGUUCGCAUUGAUGGAGGACACGGCCAUGGACUUGGAGCAGCAGGUACAGCAAAGAACGGCUGAGCUGAUUGACGAACAGCGGAAGGCCAAUCUAUUGUUAUAUCGUAUGAUGCCAGCUGAAGCCGUGGACGUGCUACGGAGAGGAGAGAGUGUGGAGCCGGAACUAUAUGAAGCUGCUACCGUAUUCUUUUCGGAUAUUGUGGGAUUUACUGUAUUGUCAUCGAAAAGUACCCCGCUUCAGAUUAUCGCGUUUUUGAAUCAGGUUUACACGGUAACGGAUGAUGUGAUUGAACAACAUGAUGUCUAUAAGGUGGAGACUAUUGGGGAUGGACUUCAUUGUGUGUCAGGUGGGUUGAGAAUUGAUUUUUAGUGUUAUAAGAUGUUGUAGUAGACAGUUUUCACAUUUUUUAUCAAAGAGAACAAUUUUUAUGCUCUGCAGCCUGCGGGUGACAAGUUAUACGAUGAAGUACCCUUUUUUAUGAUUUUUUGAAAAAUUGUUUGAUAUUUUGAUUUAUCAUGAAUUAAGAUAGUAUUUUAUGAAUUUUAAAUUUCAAAAUUAAAAAAAUUUAUCUUUAAAAAUUGCAGGAGUUCCAAUUCGAAAUGGCAAUAACCACGUAAAGGAGAUCUGUGACAUGGCAUUGACACUUCAAAAAGCUGUCAAAUUGCUCUAUCUUCCUCACUUACCUAAUGAGAAGAUUGAGAUGCGUUUUGGCGUACAUUCAGGACCAUGUGUGACUGGUAUUGUUGGUAUGACAGCGCCCAGGUAUUGUGUGUUUGGUGACACUGUCAGUUUGGCCGCUAAAAUGGAAAGCACUAGCAAACGUAGGUUUACUUUAUCCUUUCCUACUCUAUUCUACCCUACCCAACACUACCCUAUCUUAUGUUACCCUACCUUACCCUAUCUUACCCUACUUUUCCUCGCCCUACCCUACUCAACCGUACACUACCUUACCCUACUCUACUUUACUCUACCCUACUUUAAUUCUCUUAUUGUACCCUAAAUUACUCUAUAACACAGAAAAAUAUUAUGUUCAUACAUUAUAUUAGAUUGUCGUAUUUUACCUACUCAUUAAACGCAAACGUAUUAAUAAAACUAUGAUUUUCAGCUGGCCAAAUUCAUGUUAGCCCAGUGACUAAAGCAUUAUUGGACAAGCACUUUCAUUCAACUUACAACCUUGUUGAUCGGGGAGAAAUCAUUGUUAAGGUAUGUCACAAAGUGGUUUUUAAAUAAAGAUUUUGUGGAUUUUUUUUUUCAAACUUUUAGAUUUUUUUUUAUUUGAAAAAAUUUAAAAAUCUGAAAAGUCAAUACUGUGCUCUUAAUUAAACAUUAAAUUAUUUUUAAAAUUUUAAUUUUUUUUAAAAGUUUCUUAUUGAUAUUGACAUUUUAGGGCCGCGAUCCCAUGAACACUCACUGGCUGAUGCCAAUUGGACAAACUGUCAACUUUUAA